GUCGCCGUCGCAACACUUUGUCUGCAGGAAGACCGCGUCGGAACAGGUGUCGCGAGAUAUCGGCCUCUACUGUGGUGUAAUUGGUGAGCAUUUUUUGGAGUGUCUUUCGCGUAGUGAUUUGACGAAAACGUGUGCGGAUUUGAUGUCGUGGGCUUUUUAAAUAUUCAAGCCGAGAAAAAGCAAGUGAAGUUUGUAGGGAACUUUCUAUGCAGAGGAGCUAAAAUCUGGGACUGAAAAAUUCGAUUUUCUGGUGGUUUCCCUUGAUUAUAUCAAAUGAUAUAAGUUGUGGUGAGCAAUCUCCGUAAGAGAAUGCAGAGGGCGCUGCCUCGCAAUGCGGCCCCGUCCGCAUCCGACACCGAUGGAGGCAAUCCCCUCGGCCCCAUGGAGGCCACUCUGUCAUGUUUAUGGGUGUUGACGCCUCUGACCGCCACUGUAUCACUUCUUGUUGUCAUUGUUGCCAUGUUUACUAAUCAGUGGUUGCACACCGAAGAGAAGAUGAAUAAUCCCUCGUACAAUGGAACCGGAGAGAAGGAUUAUUUGUCCAAACUCACAAUUUCGGGAUUGUGGAUGCUCUGCUUCACCAACCCCGGCGAAACUUUGUACGACUGCAACAAAAUCGACUACUUCUCCAAGGAGGAGUACAGUCCGGAUCCCAACGACUCCACCAUGGCUAUACCAUACACGGUAACGAGGUCUGUGAUCUUUUUCUUGGCGGCGAGUCUGCUGCUGUGCAGCGGUUAUUGCUGCUGCAUAUUGGGGCAAUGCGUCCGCCACCGCACCCUCUACACAUUCAUAUCCGGAGUUAUUUUCAUAGUGACGGGCCUAGUAAUGCUCUUCGGCCUCAUCAUGUACAUCUCCAUCUUCAAGGCGGAAAUCGGCAGUAAACUGCGCCCCCGCUCGCAACUGCAGCCUCCAGCCUUCUACUACUGGUACGGUUACUCCUUUCUGCUGUACGUUGGCGGUUUAGUGACCACACAACUAGCCGGCAUCAGCUCAAUUUUCCUCUUCAUCUACAAAGUCCAGUACGAAUGGCAACGCAAACACCUCGAAGACAUAAAACGCGGCAAAAGCCGACACACCACCUUCAGCCAUUACGACACUUCGAUGUUCUAUCCGUGUCGGCGACAUCCGCAAGCCUACAUCAACUCCAACAGCGCUAUCCACUUCCCGGCCAGUUAUCCCACGCCGUUUGUUCAUCAAAAGCGAUACUUUUUCAGCAAAGAACCGCUACAGGAGUCACCUUGUAGUGUGCAUCGGCCGAGGUCGCACUCAAACUCGCUCAAGGAUGUGUCUAAUUUUUAUGAUUUCCCGCCGCCACCGACGAUAAGCUAUCAGUUUGAUGAACACUUUGGCAGCCCUGUUGGGAGAGAGCCCCCCAUCGCAGGCCGUCACUUCCCGCGAGACAUCACCACAAACACGGUGUCAACAACAGCCGACGUCAACUGCGACGAGUUCAUCGGCGAGCCGUACGAAGACUACUCCCCGAGUAUGCAGCACGAGUUCGUCACAUUCGAUUUGGACCAGCCGCUGCCUCUGAGGGCACAAAGUAGUGUCUCGAUCGGGUCGCGAAACGGCACCGCCAGAAAAACUUUUGACAGUGAUACUUUGCGGAGGACUACGCCAGUCUGAAAGUGGCGAAACGCGUUUUUGUACAAUUGGGAAAGAAUGAGAAUGCUCAUUUCGUGGACGUUCGUGUGAUAUUUUGCGAUCUAGUCGAAAUAAAUUUUUACUCAAACGU